CUUCUUCACCUUCCCCUCUCUUUCAUAAAAGCUGAAGAUCUCAGUCAUUUCUGAGGUCUAAUAAAUGGUUGACUUCUCAGGCAUUUCAUCAGAGACAGUAAUGAUGGAGGAAGCAGUAAUGGCAGCUUAUUCGUCAGAUGGAUCAGAGGAAGAAGACCUCUUGAGAGAGCUUUUAGAUUAUAACUAUCCUUUCUCCUCAACUGAAGCCACCGACACAAUAAGAUCAGCUUCCACCAUUAACUCCUUCAUCUCCAACAUUUAUUCAGGACCUACCAUUUCCGAUAUUGAAAGUGCUUUGUCAUUUACCAACCACAAACAACAUUCCCAAGAAGACUUCUCCUUAUCCAGGGUAUCGAUUCUGGAAAGAGGACUGAGCAAGAUAGAGAAUAAGUAUACUCUGAAAAUGAAGUGCUUUGGGAAUGGCAUGGGCGAUGAUGGAUAUAAGUGGAGGAAGUACGGACAGAAGUCUAUUAAGAAUAGUCCAAAUCCUAGGAGCUAUUAUAGAUGCACUAAUCCAAGGUGUAAUGCCAAGAAGCAAGUGGAAAGAUGCAAUGAGGACCCAGACACACUUAUUGUCACUUACGAGGGGCUUCAUCUUCACUUUGCUUAUCCAUAUUUGUUGAUGACUCAGGCCCAUGAGUCCUCUCCACCACCAACAAAGAGGCCCAAGACCAAUACGACCUUUACCCAGGCCCAAUCCCAGGAAGGCCCACACCCAUUAGAAUCUGAUCAGGCUCAGGCCCAUGAGAUUAGUGUGGGAUCGCAGGGCUUGCUUGAAGACAUGGUGCCUUUGAUGAUUCGAAAUCCUACCAUUAGAAACUUUAAUCCUUUGCAGUCUUAAAAUAACUAGGCAUAGUCAAAUACAUAGAGAUCAUUUGAGGGGGAAAGACUUGAAUAAAGAGGAAAAAUGUGGUCUAUAUAUAGACACAAUUGUACUCUCAUGGGUCAUUUUUUUCCCUUUAAUUAAAAAUGAUUCUAGUUCUAGGCAAUAUAAUAUGAUUAUAGUGGUAUCAUUUUAAA